AUGUUACACAAUUUUACCGAUCAACAGAUUACAGAAUUUAAAGACGCUUUUUCAUUAUUUGACCAAAACGGAGAUGGGGGCAUCUCAAUUUUGGAAUUAUCUACAGUUAUGAGAUCCUUAGGACAGAAUCCAACAGAAACUGAGCUUCAAGAUAUGAUAAACGAAAUAGACACAGACGAGAAUGGAAUUAUAGAUUUUACCGAGUUUUUGGGUCUUAUGGCUAAACAAAUGAAAGGACAAGACUCAAAAGGUGAACUUUUGGAAGCUUUUAAAAUAUUUGAUAGGGAUGGAAACGGUCUAAUAAGUGCUUCAGAACUAAGAUAUGCUAUGACUAAUCUUGGAGAAAAAUUAACUGAUGAAGAAGUAAAUGAUCUGCUUAAAGAAGCUGACUUAGAUGGGGAUGGACAAAUAAAUUUUGAUGAAUUUGUAAGAAUGCUUGGCCAAGCACAAAUAGGACCUCGGGACCCCCACCCCCCCACCCCAUAUACAUAGCUUUUUGUAGAAUAUUAAUAGUUUAAGCCUAAGUGAAGGAAACUAAAGUUUUAUACUCUAAACUAUAGCUCAUACCCCUUUAUAGAUCCCUUUAUCGUGCAAAGUGUACUUGACUAUUGAAAGACCAAAACAGACUCUCUCAAAGAGAUGAGCUCAAUCUCUAUAUCAGAAAGUUCUAAAAAGUGGCAUACCAAAAAAAUAGUGGCAAGUGCGAAAAAAGUUGGUAAGCAAAAUACGAUUAGACUUAAGAUAAUUAAUUAUCAUCUCUUUCGUUAAAUUGAUUUAAUAAAAUAAUAUCUACAUGUAGAUUUGACUAUGGAUUAUCUUUGGAUUUACAUAAGUCAAGAUUCUACUGGAGUUUUUGAUUGAUAUGCUUACUGGAGUUAUAGCACUUGGAGAUCUAUACAACCGUUUACUCAAGAAGUUCCUCCUUUGCAUUCUCAAUUUAAAAGUUCAGGUGCAAUUUCUUCCAUACUGGACUCUAUCUUUAUAAUCGCUUAAAUUGAAACAAAAUUCAAUUUUAUAAUAAAAAUUUUAUAGAUAAAAAUCAUAAUUUUUAUGUAAAAAGUUUCGGUAUAAGUUAAUGUUUCUUCUUAACUAAAAUUAAAAAUUUAGUUAUAUCUUGCUCUUUUUAAAGAAAAGAACAUAAAGAGCUUUUUAUUUAAAUACAUUUAUUAUCUUUAAUUGCUAUAUUUUUUAAAAAUUUAAUUUUAUUUUUAAAAAUUUUUCAACAAAAAAAAUAUAAUUUAUUGCAUUUAUUUCUUAUCAUGCAUAUGAUGUUAUUUGAAUUUAUUAUUUAGAAACCAAAUAUACGUUUCAAAACGCAGAUUUUAGUGCGCCAAAUUAAUAAUUUAAAUUUCAUAUAAAAAUAGUGUGUAUAACUGCCAUAAGAAAUUAAGCCAAGGGAUUAUAUUUUUUUUAUUUAUAUAAUUUUGAUAAAAAAUUUAAUGCGAAUUCUUUACAAAAAUUGAAAAUUUACUUUAUUUCUUGCUUUAUUUUAGCAAAAGAGUAUAAAUAGUCACUUAAUUAAACAAAAUUAACACUUUGAUCGAUAAAUUUUCUAGAAAUUUAUUAAUCUAAUUCGACACAUUUUUUAAUUUUUUUUUAUAAGAAUUUUAUAUUGAUUUUUUUUAUAAGAAUUUUAUAUUGAUUUUUUUUAUAAAAAAUUUUCUUAACCCUUCUUUUAAAUUGGAACAAAUAUUUGGUCCAAUUUAAAGGGAGGGAGUUAAAUCAAAAUCCUACUGGAGUUUUUGCACGAUAUGCUUACUGGAGUUAUAGCACUUGGAGAUCUAUACAACCGUUUACUCGGGAAGUUCCCCAUUUGCAUUUUCACUUUUGACAAUUUAUUUCAUAAUGGACUCCAUCUUUAUAAUCACUUAAGUCAGGAUCCUACUAGAGUUUUUGAUUGAUAUGCUUACUGGGGUUAUAGCACUUGAAGAUCUAUACAACCGUUUACUCGGGAAGUUCCCCACUUGCAUUUUUAAACUCAUUUCUAUAAAUUUAUCUCAAGCACUUUUUACAUAAACAAAUAACCAAAAAUAUUAAAUCUAUUAAAAUUUAUAUGUAGCAUUUAUUAUUAUAAUUAUCAUUAAUUAAGGCCUGAAAAAUAAGAUUUUUAAUUAUUAAUCAAUUCCAGUCUAAUUGGGUAUGUUAAGUUUUAAAUUAUUUUAUUAAUAAAGCCAUUUUAAAAAUUUGCGUGUUUGCUUACCAACUUUUUUCACACUUGCCACUAUUUUUUGGCAUGCCACUUUUUAGAACUUUCUGAUAUAGAGAUUGAGCUCAUCUCUUUGAGAGAGUCUGUUUUGGGUCUUUCAAUAGUCAAGUACACUUUGCUCGAUAAAGGGAUCUAUAAAGGGGUAUGAGCUAUAGUUUAGAGUAUAAAACUUUAGUUCCUUCACUUAGGCUUAAACUAUUAAAUAUUCUACAAAAAGCUAUGUAUAUGGGGUGGGGGUGGGGGUGGGGGUGGGGGUGGGGUGGGGGGGGGGGGGUGGGGGUGGGGGUGGGGGGUGGGGGUGGGGGUGGGGGUGGGGGUGGGGGUGGGGGUGGGGGUGGGGGUGGGGGUGGGGGUGGGGGUGGGGGGUGGGGGUGGGGAUGGGGGUGGGGGUGGGGGUGGGGGUGGGGGUGGGGGUGGGGGUGGGGGUGGGGGUGGGGGUGGGGGUGGGGGUGGGGGUGGGGGUGGGGGUGGGGGUGGGGGGGUGGGGGGGGUGGGGGUCCCGAGGUCCUAUUUGUGCUGGACCAAAUGCUUACCGCAAAUUAA